UAAAAAGUCCUUCAUUCCGUCGCGACCAGCGAGUAACGGCAUAUGAGCGCUCGCAGAGAAAUCGCUAAUCACGAACGGCGGACGACAAAAACCCAAGAACAGAGGCAGAGGAAAAAAAGAAAAUCAGUUAAAUAAUUAAAAAAGUGUCCCGCAAACCGCUAGAAAGUGUGCUAACCUUUUGCUUUUUUUUAACAAGUUAUUUUCGAGUGCGAAAACCGUGGAAAAGUGUGUAAGAAAGGCCAGCAGUUGGAAAGGCUCAAGGAGCAGAAGAAGGCGAGGCGUCUAGCUCACCCCCACAACCCCCUCACCCCUUACUCCCCCCUUUUCCCCACAAGGCGAAAACCGCCACCGCCUCGCGCUCUCUCUCUUCUUCUUUCUUUUCUCUCCCCCCUCCCUCCCUUUGGGGUGUCACAUCAAUACACUAACACACGCGCACACCCUUGUCCUAAAAAAAAAAAAAAAAAUGAAAUAGUAACGAAAUUAUCGAACAACAAUAACAACAAAAUAUCUAAGCAGCCUGAAAGUCGAUUCCCCAAAUAAGAAGCUAUAAAAUGCUUGCCAUUGAAAAUUUUUGUUUAUUUUUUUUCCGUAAGUGCAUGGUGAAACAAAGCAAAAAAGCUUGAGGAAAAGUCUUUGAAAAACUCGCAACCGUAUGUUCGAUGGGUGUGUGCGUGUGUCUUUGGAAGAUUGUGUGUGUGGCAGGAUACUUCGAGCAGCAGCCGUAUCAUAACAAGCCAAACUCCCUCUUGACCACAAAAAGCAAGCCACAAGCUAGGGAUGUGCCACAAAAACACACGCUUUGACACUUUAUAAGUGACAGGAGACCCCCUUGAUAUUUAAAUGACAAAUGUUAAAUUACAAACAACAUUUUAAUCACCAGGUCAAUACCAGAAAACAUCAACUGCAAACAGUUCGCAAAGUAAACAUUCCCAGCAAAGUGUAUGCAAGUGUUGGGCGCAUAUAAGAAAAUAAUACAAAAGAAAAAAAAUUCCUGUAGCAGCGUUGCCACCCGGUGCCAAAAAAAAGGAGCUUCAGCGAGUGGCAUUCGGCGAACGGUUUUUUUUUAUACUGCUAUUUCGUGUCGCAUUCGCAGUCGGCGUCGACGCCAACAACGACAGCGGCAGCGCUGCUGGUAGAUAUUCAGUUAUUUCUUGAAUCACCACCCCCCCCUCACACGGAUCCUUUAUAUUUCCCAAAAAACAGCAUAAAAAUAUUAACAACAAAAAAAAACGGAGAUACCUGCAAUAUACAAGCGAAAAAAGCUCUAGAAAAGCAAUGCAACAACAACAUCAAGCACAGCAGCAACAUCAGCAACAGCAAAAGCAAAAAGUGUAGUGGGUCGCACGCGCGACUUGUGUGUUUAAAUAAUGAAGAAGAAGCAGAAACAACAACAGCAGCAGCAGCAGCAGCAGCAGCAGCAGAGGCAGAGCAAGGCGCCAUCUGAAGCGGAAUCGGAGACAGACCGCCCCGGCAGCAACAACAACAACCAUUCGCCAGCAGCAGCAGCAACAGCAACAACAACCAAGCGGCGACAAGCGGUCAACAGCAACAGCAAGCGCUGCAGUCGCAGUCGCAGCAGCAGCAGCAGUAGCAGCUGCAGUAGCAGCAGCAGCAGCAACGCUAGCGUCGGCAGCGACGCCAGCAGCAUGUCCAAAACAAGCAGCGGAAAUCCAAGUGCAGCAGCAACACAAGCAGCAGCAGCAGCAGCAGCAGCAGCAGCAAGUGCAACAAAUGCCGCCAAUGCCGCCGAUUUCAGUGCGUUCGACUUUAACGAUAGUUCCGAUAAUUCCGACACGCCACUGGUGCCACGCCCACCCUUCCUGAGUCGCGCCGCUGCCGCGGCCGCAGCAGCAGCAGCAGCGGCAGCCUUGAGCAACAUCAGCAACAAUAGCAACAAUUCGGCUGGCUCCGCCGGACAAAUGCCGCACAGCACUAGCAGCAGCAACAACAACAUCAUAAGUAGCAGCAACAACAAUAACAACAACAACAAUGGGGCAAAUACCGCCAACAGCAGCAGCAGCAACAACAACAACAACAACAACAAUAAUAACAACAAUAACUAUGGCCGCAGCAGCAGUCGAAGCAGCAGCAGCUCACAAAGCAGCCUGGACGAAGAGGAGGACGACGAGGAGGACGAAGAGGACGAGGAGGAGGAUCAAGAGGAGGCAGUGUCCCAGCACCAGCAGCAACAGCAGCAGCAGCAGCAACAACUGGCGACCGAGCAGCAGCAGCGGGCAGCGGCAGCAGCGGCCGUCGUGGCAGCGGCGGUCAGUGCGCUGCACAACGGCAACAAGCAGCAGCAGCAGCAGCAGCACUACAACAACAAUAAUAACAACAAUAACGGCAGCAGCAACAAGUCACGAGAUCGCGACGAUCACCUGCAGGCACAGCAACAGCAGCAGCAACAGCAGCAACAACAAUCGCAGCAGCCGCAUGACGAAGAGGAGGAGGACGACGACUAUGACGAGGAUGAGGAGGAGGACGAGGAGCAGGGCAAUGGCCAUGACCUCACGCCCACUGACCUGCGACAUGUCCUCCCGGCCAGCCAUCACGAUCAGCAGCAACAGCAGCAGCAGCAGCAGCAGCAGCAGCAGCAACAGCAACAGCAGCAACAUCUGCAGCAGCAACAGGAUUCGGCCGCCUGCUACGAUGACGAUGGCGAAGAGGAGGACGACGAGGACGAGGACAGCCGCGCCACCCUCUCCUCCGCCCACCUAAACAGUGCGGCUGCCGCCGCCGAGAGCAGCGGUCUGCACAUGAGCGCCGUGGCAGCGGCGGCGGCAGCAGCGGCAGCAGCAGCAGCGGCGGCCAAGCUGAGUGCCCAACUGGAGCAGCAGAGUGCCAAUGCCCUGGACAUGGCCAGUGGCGGCAGUGCCACGCCCAUUGCACCGCCACCGCCCAGCAGUUUGCUCGGCGGCAACAGCAACACCAGCUUCUCCACCAACAACAACAGCAACCACGCCCUCAGCUCCACGCACGGUAGCCUGGGGGCGGGCGGUCAGGGCACGAAUUGCAGCAACGAUCUGUUGACCACCGGCGGUGGGAACUCCCGAGGCGGUUCGUCAGUGGGUAUGGGCGUGAACGCCUCCAGUGCAUCGCUGUCGUUGCAGCAACAGCAACAGAAUGCCCAGCAGCAGCAGCAGCACCAGCAGCAGCAGCAACAACACGGCGGUGGCGGCGGCGGCAGCGGGGGCGGCGGAAGCGGUGGCAGCAGCAGCGCGGCCAGCGAGCGGCGCAAGUACCGCCAUCAAAACUACAGCAAGAACAUCUACAUCGGCACCAAGAACGCCGAGAAGUGGGAGCACAUGCGCACCCGGCUGCAGUUCAAAAACGACGUGGAGUUCGUUGCCUACCUUCUGAACUUGGCCGACAACGAUACGGAUCGGUUGAACAACCUGCCCCCGCCCUCUCCUGCGCACACGCCCACCAAAGGUUUCGAUGGCAACUUCAAGCUGGAGCCGAAUCUCAGCGCCAAGGACUUUGCCGCCCCGCCCGAAUCCUCGAUCAAUGGCAAUGCCACCGGAAACGGAAACGGCAGUGCGAGCGGAAACGGAAACGGCGACUCCGCCUCGGCCGGCUCUCUGCCCAUGGCCACGCCCACGCCGCCGCAGCGCAAGCGCUACAAGAAACGCGUGCAGUUCACCUCGGAGGCGUUGAAUGGCUUUGCGAUGGCCAAGGGCAAGGGAGCAGGAUCGGGAGCAGGAUCGGGAUCGGGAUCAGCUGGUGGCUUUGCCUAUGCCAAGUCCAAGAAGCAAGAGGCCAAGGCGGCAACGGCGGCAUUGAAGGCCAGUGCUGCGGCAGCAGCUGCGGCGGCCGCCUCCUCCGCCCUGCCGGAGGUGCUCGACUGCCGCAUCGCCGAGAAGAUCAAGAGCGAGCUGGAGGCCAACAGCAAGGAGUCCUCGUCCCUGCCCAAUGCCCUGUGCCUCAAAAAAGCAGCAGCAGCAGCGGCAGCGGCGGCGGCAGCAGCCGUGGCAGCGGCAGCCAAUGGCAGUGAGGAUGACGACGAGGACGAGGACCAUCAUCACCAGCACCAGCAUCAGCAUCAGCAGCAUCCGCACCUUCUGCCCGUUCUGCCUGCCAACGACACCGUCGAUGGGCUGGGCAUCCCGGCCAGCAAUGGCCAGGCCGGCAAUUUCCAUGUGCGCUCCAAGUCCCACGGCGGUAAGAAAUCUCAGGCGGCCAAAGCGGCGGCGGCGGCGGCGGCAGCGGCGGCGGCAGCAGCAGCAGCAGCGGCGGCCAUGAUGCCGCCCAACUCCUACGAUGAGCACGAGGACGAGCCGGGCGGUGGUCCGGGUAACGAGGAGGACGACGAGGAUGACGAGGAGCUGGACGAGGAGGCGCUGGCCCGCGAGAUGAAGAUGGAGCAGAAUUUCGUGGAGGAGGAGGACGAGCACGAUAUCGCCUUCCGGUCGCAGCAAUCCUGCCGCGAGUGCUCCAUUGCCCACGACCACAAGCUGUGUCCGCUGCGCAACGCGUGCGGCAAUGUGACGGACGCCGUCGAUCUGGGCGAGUGGAUCGAGCGGCGCAACCUGGAGGCGCUGGCCAAGCUGAAGGCCGAUGCCCAGCGGCAGGCGAAGAGGGCCAGCGGUCGGCAGCGACACGAGGAUGACGAUAUGGAGGACAUGGAGGACAUGGACAUGGACAUGGACAUGGACGAGUCGUCGCAACUGUCGGAGCUGGAGACCAAGCCGCUGAUCACCUUUGCCGAGGCGUCGGUGCCCGCCGAAUUCGAGCUGCACAAUGUGGAGCCCAAUGUGACCGGCGUAUUUGCCCGCACCGAGGUGAGGGCCUACACCAAACUGGGACCGCUCAUCGGGCAGCCCGUCCAGACCGGCGAAGUGCGCGAGGGCAGCGACAUGAAGUGGAUCUUCGAGAUGUGCGAGGCCGGGGCGGACAAGUCAUACCUGCUGUGCUGCGACAACCCCAAUGCCUCCAAUUGGCUCCGAUUCGUUCGACCUGCGCCCAGCUACGAGGACCGCAACGUCAACCUCGUCUCCAUC